AUGAGAAGAGUAAUAGCGUGUGAAUAUUGCAGAAAGAGAAAGAGCAAAUGUAUUCAUAGCGGCUACCCAGCACUGACCAUUGAACAACUGAACAAGAAGAGGCGAGUGGCACUGAUUCCGGGUGUUCAAGGUGAAAAAAGCAGUUCGGAGCUGCCAAAAACAACGGUAGUAGCACCAAGACCACCCAUUUCAGUCUACAUCCCUAGUGUUAAGGACUCAGUGGUGCUAAAGAAUGUGUUCACUAACAUUAAGAAAUGGUUUCCUGAGCUUCUCUUUCUUCAUCUUCCGUCGCUUCAAUUGGGAAAAGCUGAACCGGUAGUAUUGAACGCCCUUUUGGCGUUGUACAACUGCAUCAAAGAUGAGCUGGAGGACAUCGAUGGGCUUGGUAUCAACAAUUUCGACGUCUACUACAAUCGUGCGGUGCUAGAACUAUCGACCCCGACGUUGAUCUUCGAGAGUCCUACGUUGGAAGCGGUUGAAUCGCUUUUGAUAUUGACGAUGUUGGACUGGCAUCGUGAUAACCACUAUAAAAGUCGUAUGAUGAUCGGGAUAGCGUCCAGUAUGGUGGAGUCAUUUGACCGCUUAUUGAAGCGAGGCGACGACUUGGAGCUGGGGUUAGAUAACGACAGUGCUUUCAACUCGGAAAGAGUGCUACGGAUCUUCUGGAGCUGUUUUAUCAUUGAAAGAGUGAUUUCGGGAGGCAGAGACAGAAACUCUUCUCUCAACUUCCUAAACGUGUAUUCGGUGUCACUCCCUGUAUGUGAAGAGAAGUUCUUGUACAUGAACUCAGUGAACAGUGUUGCUGAAAGUCGAUUGGAGACGUUGGGAAGCUUCAACCAGCUUACGUUUCCUGAAAAUGAGAACAACAGUGGUAGUUUCUUGAUUAGGUUAUACGAACUCUGGGGGAAAAUCAUGAACUUUCUAGUCAAGGGUGGAAGAAGAACAUAUAGAGAUCCACCUUGGAGCGAAAAGUCGGUGUUUUAUUUGAUUAAGGCAAAGCUUUAUGAGUUUUAUACCAAAUUACCCGAGUGCUGGAAAUGGUCUAGAGAACGAUUUCAUGUCCAUACGCUCAGGGGCUCGGAAAAUGAGUUUGUUAUGGUCAACAUUCUCUACAACUUGUGUCUUGUCUGCCUCUCUAGAGAAUACGUCCCGUUUUUUCCCCAUUCCAACGAUAAGCCUGUAGGGCCAACUGAAUCUCCAAUUUUACCUGCUCCACCAGAUCCAGAGUUCUGGAAUAAAAACUCCUUAUUGAAGUUUGAUAGUGCAAGAGCCUUAAUCUCGAUCAUCAGGUGUGCUGAAGAAGAUGAAACUUGUGGAAUCAAGUCUCCCUUCUAUGCUUAUUGCAUCUAUACAGCCGCGUUAUCGGCAUUCUACGGAAGCUCGUUCCACUGGAUGGAUCCCCAUGCUUCCCAAUAUAUCGGGGAUCCUGAGUACGACUUCUCCAUCACAGGAAUGCAAAUGAUGCAAAUUUUGUCGGAAAAGUCCAAGAAAUCCUCCAUUUCCUUAUCAUGGGUCAACACUGCGUACUUGGUAUGUGACUUGUACAAGGCAAUUUCAAAUAAUAGAGAGAAGGCCAUAGAGCUACAGUUGGGAAGAAACUCUCUUCGCCGGUUGGAAGACUCCAUUCAAAUGACCAAUACGGGCCAUGAUACUGAAGAGAGCAGAGAAUUGAUAAAUGCUGUCAACACUGGGGGCUCGGGAAAAGGUGUUACCCCAUCAGAACUUGGGGGCGAUAAUGAAACUCAGGCGGACUUCUUCGUCAUGUCCCAAGAUUUUCUCCUUUCGGGUAAUGAUAACGAUCAGGUAGAGUUCCUCGCGAGGAUUCUCAAGGAGAUGACGGAAUAACCUGACUGAUCGGGUUUCGCGUUUCGCGUCUCGCGAUACAAAAACCGUUAUCUCUUAUCGAUGCUCAGAUUUUCAGUCGCUGACGUACAAUCUAAAACGGCUAUAUCUAAUGCUCUGAAUAUUUAUAGAUACGCUGGGAUCCUGAUAUUGCACAAGCAAGUAAAACAAAUACUAUGUCUUUAUUAAGUAAAUGGAAAGAAACUGAUAUCUUCAAGGAAAUCACUCCCCGGAUGAUUUUCAUCGCCUUUUCGGCAUCAUUGGCAGCGAUGAACGCUGGUUACGAAGGUGGAUAUUUUUCAACCAUUCUUGUUAACCAAUUUUUCCUUGGAAAAUACGGCCACUACACGGAAGCGGCUGGAGUCAAGACUCUUGACAGUGAGUACCAGAGUGUCGGUUCUGGUUUGGGAAGUGCUGGUACUAUGUUGGGUGCUGUUUUCUUUACGCCUAUUGGUGAGAGAUUCGGAAGAAAAUGGGCUAUUUUUGGUGCUGCUGUCAUCAG